CUCACGGAUCAAACAAUACUAGGACAACUAUUUUCAUGUCGUAUCACAACGAUUGACCUAUCUUCCUCCUGCAACAUAUUGCUUCUUCUUUCCUUAACAGUAACACAAAAUCCCCCAAUCUGUUCAAAGUUUGUGAGAUUAAAGGUGCUGAGUUCAUUACUGAGCUGGAGUAAGAUUCUCAAACCAUUCGAGUUCUGUUCUGGGUUCUGGGCCAGCUAUUGCAACUGUAGCAUAAUAUGUGUAAUCUUGUUCAUCUAUCUACGUCACAAGAAAAAACAAUUUGGUCCAUCUUCUUCUGUUUCUUUACGGGAACAUGUUUCUUCAGAGGAAGAUAUUGAGAAAGGGCUUGGAUUCUUUGCCCCUAUCUUCCCGUACAGUGAACUAGAAGCUGCAACCAAUAAUUUUGACGCUGCUAGAGAAAUUGGAGGUGGUGGCUUUUGCACAGUAUACUAUGGCAUGCUCCGGGAUGGGCGAGAAAUUGCAGUUAAGCGCUUGUAUGGUAACAAUUACAGGAGAGUUAGGCAGUUUAUAAAUGAACUUGAGGUCCUAUCUCGCUUUCGCCAGACACAUCUUGUCUCAUUAUAUGGCUCCACCGCUCACCGUAGUAGGAUACUGUUACUAGUGUAUGAGUAUGUUCCUAAUGGUACAGUUUUUGGUCAUCUUCAUGGUGAAAGGGCAAAGUCUGGUGGGCUUCCAUGGUCUACUCGAAUGAAAAUUGCAGUAGAGUCAGCUUGUGCAUUAGCAUAUCUCCAUGCUUCUGAUAUCAUACACCGUGAUGUGAAAACCAAAAACAUUCUCCUUGAAUACGAUUUUCAUGUUAAAGUUGCAGAUUUUGGAUUGUCUCGCCUCUUUCCACUGGAUGUUACUCAUGUUUCAGCUGCUCCACAAGGAACUCCUGGUUAUGUUGAUCCUGAGUACCAUGAGUUCCACCGGUUUACUGAUAAGAGUGAUGUUUAUAGUUUUGGAGUGGUCUUGAUUGAGCUUAUAUCAUCACUGCCUGCUGUUGAAAUCGCUGGGAAUUGACACGAGAUAAAAUUGUCUAGUUUCGCCAUCAAUAAGAUACAAAGUUGUGCACUAGAUGAACUUGUUGAUUGAAGCCUUGGAUUUGGAUCAGAUUAUGCAAUAACAAGAAUGACAAAUGCAGUGGCAGAGUUAGCAUUUGAUUGUCUACAAAGCACGAAGGAUUUAAGACCGUCUAUGGAAGAAGUGUUGGAAACUGAGAUUCAAAGUAAGGAUUACAAUAUUGAUAAGGCAGAGGAAAUUGAUAUUCCAUCAGAUGAUGUUGGAUUGCUAAAAGGUGGUUCUUUGCUGACAUUUCCUGAUGCUGUUAUAAUGAAAUGGGUUAGCUCCUCUACAGUGCCUAAGUUUUGCUUCUUUCGAGUACAUUAAACUGAAGCAGCAGAAUAGUUACUUGAUGAACUUUGAGGAGAAACUUUAAAAGGCAUCGGAGGAAUUUCCAGUGAAUCACUGGAAACUUGUAACAUAAACAAAACCUGACUCAUUGAAGGUCUUUGUGAAGGAUUGGUCUGUACGCACCAUAGGCCUACUAUGGUCAUUUUUCUUGCAAUUUCAUCUUCUUCUUUGGUCCUAACAGAACAUAGCCCCAGAUCAUUUUCGAGUUGCAGACGAGUGUAGAUCCAAUGUGGGAAAUAAAUCUUCCUUCUAUUUUCCGCCAUAACAUUUGCAUUCUUCCUUCCACUUACCAUUUCUAAAAUCAUCACUCCAUAGUUAUACACAUCGGAUUUAUGCGAAACUUUUCCAAAGCAUCUGUUAUAUACUUCAGGAGCAAUGUAUCCAACAGUACCUCUUGCAUCUUCCAUUGAAGUAAAAUUUUCUUUUCUAGGACAUAGUUUAGAAAGUCCAAAAUCUGCAAUCUUCGGACAAAAAUAUUCAUCUAGAAGUAUAUUAUGAGGUUUGAUAUCGAAAUGCAAGAUUUGAGUGUUGCAUCCGCCAUGUAGAUACUCAAGCCCUCGAGCUAUUCCAAUUGCAAUUUCAUACAAUUUUUCCCA